AUGGCGCAUCUAAUCGCCUUCGAUCAUUUAAUCCCAUUCGAAAUGGAUCUGCAUAACGAGGAGAAUCCUGACUACGAGGAGAAACGUCUUCGAGCCUUCUCGACGUUUUAUCACUUUGGUGCAAAGCUCUACGAAUGCCUCCGCACUGUCGCUGUCCUAAUGGAAGAAGAUGGAGAUUCCAUGCCGGUCGCCGAAGUUCUAAGACACCUCGGCCACGAACACCUCCUCUCCGCUGAUAUUCAGUACCCACCGGUCGCUCAUAUUAUCGAUGUAAUCGAAGAACGGUGUCUCGACGAUACUCAAGUCCUUUUCAAAAUCUCUGAUCUACUCGAAGAUCAUAAACUCGAGAAGCCCGAAGAUUUCCUUCCCUACUCACCCGACCCUCAGAAGAUCCCGGUUGAUGUGGCCGCUGAUACGGUCACAGCAGUGGCGUCCAUGUGUUAUCAUUUUCUUGCUACCUCGUUCUCCGAAGAGGUUAUGAGAAUGUCAUCGCCCGAAACAGCCCGCGACCCCAUACCUUUAGAAAGUGAGUGUCUAAAACUAGCCAUUAGGACGGGUUCAAAGAAGACAGAAACCAUAAAAAUUUCAGACGCGGAACCCGAAUCCAAGCCUAAUUACCGACACAAACCGCCUGUUGUAUCGUUAGAACUGCAACAAAACGCAAUGCUCCUGCUUGCCACGAGGCUCGGCAUCGAACAAUUUCUGAUACUCUCCAAAGAAUGCGGAAAACUGCAAUUCGAAGGAAACCAUCUCUCGAGAAUCACCCCAUUGAUGGAAGCGGCGGCCAGCUCAUCCGAAAUGAUCGUCGAACUCCUUUUAGACUAUGGCAUGGAUCCGAACGCUCAAUCAGUUCCCAACUGUAACACAGCUUUGAUCUAUGCGGCGGCUACCGACGAUCGAGAUAUGGUCGAGGUGAUAUUGGAGCAUGAAGGACCGCACAAAGUGGAUGUCUAUUUGAUAAACAAUUAUUAUCGUGACGCCAUCAUGGAAGCUGCUAUUGGAGAAAGUCUGGAUACGUUGAGUCUGUUUUUGGAGAUGGGUUACGAACCGAAGACGCUGAAAGAAGCUGACGAAACGAAGAAUGACAAUUCCCCUCUGAUCUUUGCUGCUAUGAAAGGCUUCCUGGACAUCGCGACUGUGAUUCUGGAUUACCAGGAUAAGAAUCAACAGAAAACCGAAGAGCAAACACGAGAGAUCGCCGAAGAGCGAUACUGUGCGCUUAUGGAAGCGGCCAUGGAAGGUCAAAUCGCCGCAUGCAAACUCUUAAUUUUGCGAGGAACCCCAACCGAAGGAUUCAAGUCCAAUUUGCCAAGUCCAAUGAUGCUCGCAUGUGCUGGUGGAUUUCCGGAGCUUGUCGAGAUUCUUCUCGCCGCUGGAGCCCGUAUUGAUGAGACUGGUCCACAUAAAAAUACGUGUCUCAUAGAAGCGUGCGAUGGUGUGAGUGGAGAUCAAGUCAGUGUAGUUCGGAUGUUACUUAAUAGGCAUGCUGAUGUGAAUGCGAUGAAUCCAGAGUCUGGAGAUACGCCGAUGUCGUUGGCUGCGAGACAUGGAAAUAUUGCCAUCAUGAAAAUGUUGUAUGAAAAAGGCGCAGAUCUGACUACGGGAAAGAUCACUCCGAUUGUUGAAGCUUCCAUCGAAACACAUUUAGAAUGUGUUCAAUUCAUUCUGGCUCACUGCAAAACUAUCCCUCAGGAGCAGUUGAGUCGAGCAUUGUUUGCUGCAGCGGAAGGUGGAUGUCUGAAAAUUGUGGAAGAGUUGGUUCGAGCCGGUGCCGAUUUGAAUUUCGAGCAAGACGAACGGACGGCGAUAAUGAAAGCGGCGAGAUUCAAUCACUUUGAUAUAGUACAGUAUUUGGUCUACAAGGGAGCUUCGGUGAAUUUCAAAUCCGCGAAAAACGACGCGACAGCUCUGUCUCUAGCUUGCACCUACGGAAAUAUGGAUAUUGCACAGUUUCUUAUAAGGAAUGGCGCGGAUCCGAUGCUAAGAAUGGACGAUGGAGUUAAUUGUUUUAUGGAGGCAGCGAAGCAUGGAAGUUUUGAUUUGAUGAAACUGCUUGUGGAGUUCACCAAAGGAAACAUGGACCUGGAUAAGAGUCCGCCGAAGCUAGGAAUCAACAGGUGCAAGACGAACAAAAAGAAAAAGAAAUCACAGCUGAGAUUUCAGUCGUCGCAAAUUCUCGCAAUGUUGAAUGGAAAACCAAGUAGUGAACGCCCGUUUUCAAGCACCGAGGCGGAUAUGUUCUCUCAUUUGCUCAAGUGUCAACAACAAAUGGUCGAGAUUAACAUCGAUCAAUCUUCGGACAUUAUCACCGACCCAACAGACGUGGAAUUCCUCCAAAAAGCUGUUGAAGGUAUUCAAGAAGCAUACGGAUUCACUCCAGAAGGCCAAAUCAAUUUCCCUCGAAAGCCAUCUAAAGCAGACAUGGACAGUUUGUACCAAGGCCUACUCGUACCCAACAUCAAAAUGUGGGCAGAAACGAUUGCUCAUGGAUGGAUGACAAUGGAGCGGAAAGUGGGAAGACCCAUCGAAUUCAACUCGUUCAGAAUCUCUCCAGAAGUCCAGAUUGAGAACGCGUUGUCUGCGAUUCAAGCGCUAACAGCUGUGGCGAGUGGACUUGAUAAUCCAGCGUACCUAAAGUCGGUUUUCAAUAAAAUGAACAAUGGAGAAGAGAUUCCACGAGUGCCCGCGACAGUUGGAUCGAUGAAUGCGGCGAGUGCAGCUUUGACAGGAAUAGGUAUCCAUCCGGAUGAUGCACUGCGUCUGUUCGCUGGAAAUACUUUUGCUAAAAGAGCUUUUAGAAGCUCUUUUUUUUUAUUGUAUCAUUUUUCAGCCAACCCUGACGACUGCGUUCACGAGCAGUAUGUCGCCGUCCAUUACAUGCAAGAAGGUCCUUUUAGAGCCGCUCUUUUGAAGCUUGACUCAAUGUACAGAGAGCGAAAGGGAGCUGCGAUCAGUGUUCAAAACAUGGUCUCCAACUUUCCCAUCGAUGCCCACCAAUCGAAUCCUCCCCCGGCUCAGCAAACAGGACCUAAAACUACGAGUUUAACGACGCCACAACCGGACGAGUCAAAUGGAGCCACGACUAUCGAGCAUCCGACAACACCUCAAAUUGUGUUCAAAUCUGGAGGAGACAAGACGAUGGAGGCUUUGGAUCCGAUGAAGGUCUAUCCGGGUGUCCUAAAGUUGGCUGCUGACAUGGAGAGGCUGUAUCGUGCUAAUCAGACGGAUGUGUCCCGAGAGAUUGCUGUCACCACUGCCUACAUAGCAAGCACCCUGCCAGAAAAAUACAGCCAAGAGUUCAAUGUUGAAUCUGGCGAUCGCAUCCUGAAGAGACUGCUUUCGGGCAUGUCCGAGAAGCAGAGAGCUGCAGUUAUGACUCGAGUAAAAAGCACAAUCAACAGUGAAUCUGGCACCAACCUGCUGCAGCGUUCUGUCGGAACUUUGUCCGAUAAACGUCUCAAGGAGGAAUAUAUUAAACUUUUCCGAGAAACAGCCGAUACUGCUUUCUAUGACAAAUCAAAUCGAGAUAAAGGUAGUCAACAGUUGAAGGCUGCCGAACAGAAGAAAGGAAAAACAUCAGCUGCCAACGUGGGGUCUCAGGUUCGCUUAAUAUUUCUAAUCGCCCGAUCUAAACUCCUAAUUUUGCAGAUUUCCGCCGCCGGUAAACUACUGAUGGGAAAACCAGCGAACAACACGCAAGUGCAGCAACAACAAGGCCAGCAGCAGCAGGGACAACUCAGACGAACACAUUCCGAAGGUGACGGUACAGAACGAGCGAAAGCCAGAUCAAAUGUUAUCGAUAAGGCAACAGACUCCACACUGGAAACCCCACUAUCAAUUGCUUGUUCGAAUGGACAUCGCGAGGUCGUUGAGUUGUUGCUGAAAGAAGGAGCGAAUAUUGAGCAUCGAGACAAGAAAGGAUUCACACCACUAAUCAUUGCAGCGACAUAUGGACAUGCUCCUAUAGUCGAGGUCCUUCUCAAAAAUCAUGCCGCUAUUGAAGCACAAUCAGACCGAACAAAAGAUACAGCCCUCUCACUAGCAUGUACUGCUGGUCGGAAGGAUGUUGUUGAGAUGUUGCUUGCACAUGGAGCCAACAAAGAGCAUCGGAACGUUAGCGACUACACACCAUUGUCGUUAGCCUCUUCUAGUGGUUUCCUGGAUAUCGUGAACUUGCUCCUAACCGCCGGAUCCGAAAUCAACUCCAGAACAGGUAGUAAGCUCGGUAUUUCUCCACUGAUGCUGGCUGCCAUGAAUGGACACAAAGAAACGACCAAAGUUCUAUUGGAAAAAGGAAGCGAUAUCAAUGCUCAAAUUGAGACGAACAGCUACCUUUUUUAUAGAAAUACCGCCCUCACACUCGCCAGUUUCCAAGGCCGUUUUGAAGUCGUCAAAUUGCUCCUCUGUUACAACGCGAACGUCGAACACCGAGCCAAAACUGGACUCACUCCUCUUAUGGAAUGUGCGAGUGGCGGAUACGUCGAUGUCGGCAAUCUUUUGAUAGAGAAUGGUGCCGAUCCGAAUGCAUCUCCGGUUCAAUCCACAAAAGAUACAGCACUAACGAUAGCUGCAGAGAAGGGUCAUGAGAAGUUUGUUCAAAUGCUUCUGGAUAACGAUGUGAUAUAUGACAUUCGUAACAAGAAGGGUUGCUCUGCACUGUGGCUCGCCUGCAAUGGAGGUCACCUUGGAACUGCUCAAGCUCUCGUUUUCAAGGGUGCCGAUACAGAUAUGUUUGACAAUCGAAAGAUGUCUCCAAUGGUGGCUGCGUUCCGAAAAGGACACAUCGAGAUCAUCAAAUUCUUGGUGGGACACGCGAAACAGUUCCCGAAUGAGACGGAUUUGGUCCGAAUGCAAUCGACACUUGAGUGUGCGGAUCUCGUUGCUCGGUGUGGCGAGUGCAUUAUAAUCAUUCGGAAUGCGAAGAAAGCACAAGCAGAAACAGCAGAAGAAACGGCGAAUCGCUUGCUUCAGUUGAUAGACGACGAAAAGGAGAGAGAUAUCAACAAAAAGCAGAAAAUCAAAGAUAAGAAGAAACAGAAGAAAGAAGCGAAGAAGAAGUUUCAAGCUGAACAAGAGCAAUUAUCUGCACCACCUUCAAAACCCGAACCUGUCGUCGCCCCUGAGCCAGAACCGGAACCAGAAACAGAGCCCGUCGAAGAACCAGCCUUUGAACCCACUCCUCCUCCCGUCGAAGAACCUCCGAAAGAGCCACCGAAGCCGCGGAGAAAUAGGCGGAAAACGAAUCCUGAUGGUGUUCCAAAAGGAUCGAAACCCGCGGCCGAACAGGCUGUAAAACCCCCACCUCCGCCUGUUGCCGAAGAAGAACCUGAACCUGCUGAACUUCCGUACAGGCCGAUCGUUGUGAAGAUUCCCAGCCCGGCAACUGUUCAAGCCCCAAUGAUGUCUCCUGGUUCGUAUUCCGAAUCUGAAGACUGGCAGAAGGCUGGAAAAGAGGGCAAGAAAGUGAGACCGAAGAGAGAAGGCAGAGGAACGGCGCCAUCCAGUGCUGGUUCCAGCCAAGCCAAACAUCGUUCAAACACGUCGAGUAUUUCUGAACGACAGCAUUCUUGGGAAGUGGAUACGAAAGGAGUAAAAGCUUACGAGUUCACUGUUCCUGGUAAAAUCGUUUCUCGAGUCAUUGGAAAGUCUGGAUCAAACAUCAAUGCCGUUCGAGAAGCCACUCUCGCUCAGAUUGAGAUCGACAAGCUUUGUGGUUCCAAGGAAGACGAUAGACACAUCACUGUGAGAGGAAGCGCCGACGUCGUGAGCAUGGCAGUUAACAUAAUUCAUCUGCUGAUCUACGAUAAAGAUGUUCUGAUUCACGAUGCGAUUCGAACUGCUACUCAUGGAAAUGUGUCUGUUGCUUCAUCUCUUUCUUCUGAAGGAACAUCCAAGAGCGCCGUGGAUUCUACACAUUCGAUUCCCCAUUCGUUGUCGUCGGCCAGUAUCGCUCGCCAGUCGUCUCCAGUUCCAGUGCCCUCACAAUGUAACCGAUCCUCAAAAUCACAUGGAAAUCAAGCGACAAAGGACGGUGCGAACGUUUGGCAACAGAGAAUGGCGGCGAGAGGUGAGACUCCUCCAACACAGACGCAGACUAAGCAACAACCAACACCAUCACCUCAAGUCCAGCAACCUGCCCGUCAAACAGCUUCACCAGCUGUCCGCCAGUCUUUGGCUCAAUCUAGUGUGCCUCAAGCAACUGAAAAUGUCACCAAACCAACCCAAACGCCACCAGCUUCAGUUCAACAGCCAAUCGAUCGUGUCAUUGCACCGCCAGCAAGGCGUGAACCUGCUCAAGUUGUUCAACCGGUACCCCCAGUUCAUCAGCAUACUCCAGUUCCACAGCAAAGACCACAAGAAGUAGCUCAGCCACCACGGUUCCCGGAUCCGAUUUCCCGUCCAGCAGUAUCGCUCCAACAACACAUGCAACAAAUACAGCAACAGCCAACGUUUUCAAAAGCUCCUGGUACUAGAUUGAGCAAUGAAUUCUCUCGUGCUCCCGGACCCCCAGUACAACCUCAGACACCACCACAAUCGCUUCCAUCCAGAAAUGACGUUUUCGAGGAUCGUCUGCCGUUCACCGCAUUCAAGCCCACGGCUCCGGCUCCUGCUCCUGUUACGUCGAUAGCUCCAUCAACAUCGACGGCCACUUCUACGGCUUCGAAUGGCGCGACACUUGAUGAUUUCGAUAUUUCGAAACUCAGAAUGUACGAGGACAGCAGAGUGCAGAGUAUAUGGGGAACAGACAGAACGAACGGAGAGGAGGAUACAUGGGGUGGACUGUUCACCAAUUUGCUCCAGCCAAAUUCAACGGCUUCAUCAUUGAAUACUGCUACAACCAAAAACGAUACAAGCGACUGGGGAUCGAAUGAUUUCAUGUCACAGCUUCUGGCAGGCACAAGCAACCAAAAAACCUCUUCCGCUCCACAACAACCUGUAUCAUCUGUGAACUCUCAGUUAUCAGCGUUGGAAACAAAAGGAUGGAUGCCAUCUACAGCCACUCCCCCCACUGCUCGAGAUCCAGUUCAACGCCAAGUUCCUCUCUUUGCAAGAUCCCAGUCGUCCAACCCAUCGACGUUGCAACAUCAACAACAGCAACAGAGAAUAAUGCAGGAUCCUCAUCAAUCGCACCUUCAUCAGGUCAUGCAGCAGCAACAUCACUCACGGAUCCCGCAGCAGUUCCAGCAACCUCAAUUCUCGUCGCAGUCACAUCCGUCUCAAUCGUCCAUGAUGCCUAGCACCCAACAGCAAUUGCUGAGCCAGCUUCAGGCGAUGAAUUUGGGACAACAGGGCAGCAAUCCAUAUGAUAUGCUCGCUCACCAGUUGUCGAUGCAUCGUCAGGAAAAUUCCUCUUCUGUUCCCGGACCAUCUCAACCGUCAGCCAAUCCCUACUACUCGCCAUCCUACACGGAUUCCAGUGUUUUGGGACAAUUGAACAUGAACACCUUGUCGCAGAGAGGAAUAAAACAGUUCGAUGGGUUCAAUAACGACCAGUCCCAAUCUUCGGAUGGUGUGAUUGCUGCUUUGUUUAACGAGCAACAACAACAGAAAAAAAACCAACAAGCCGGAUACAUGCAGCAAGGUCAACAGUCGUUUGGAAGCACUCAACGAAUUGGAAUGAUGCAACCGGCUCCUCCUCCGUUCGUUCCUCAGCAAGCACCAGGAGCUCCGCCUGGAUUCGGAGAUCUUAACAGAAGUGCCAGCGGCUCUUCACAGAAUCGUCCGAUGUACCCAGGCUAUGGAGCACAGCAGCCACAACCGUUCAGUCAGCUGACUCAAGCCGAUUGGGAUCAACGCUUGCUGCUUCAACAACAACAACAGCAGCGUAGUUCACAGCAACAGCAGAAUCCAACGAACCAAGGGCUGCCUCAAAAAUGGAGCAACACCUGGAACAGCAGCUCUCGGAUGUAA